CCGCCCGCCCGCCCACCUCCGGGCCGAGCCGCGCCGCACCGCCGUAGCUGCCGGCUCACCGGCCAUGGACGCGUAGCGGCGGGAGGAGAGAAGAGCGUUCCUCAGAAACCUCCGCGUCGCGAUGGCGGACAGCGCCGCGGCCACCGCCGCCGCCCCCGCCGCCGUGAAGGGCAGCGGCUCGGCGGGGCACUGGUGGAAGUCGCUGACCGGCAAGAAGAAGCACAAAGAAGCCGCGGCCGCCCCGUCGCCCCCCGCGGAGCCCCCCGCCGCGCCCUCCAGCCCCGGCUCCCCGGAGGAGCCGCCCCCCGCGCUGGGCAGCGGGGAGCCCCCGGGGCCAGGCGGUGCGGCCCGACGGAGCCUCCGCGUCUCGCACUCGGGCCGCUUCAAGGAGCGGCGGAAGGUGCGCGCCUCGCUGCUGGCCGACGGCACCGAGGUCUUCGACGGAGCAGAGCCCGGGCGCGCCGCCCCUGAGGGCGAGUAGCCCCGGGGGGAGAGCAGCCCCGGGGGCUGGCCUCGCUCCUCGGCCCCGCGCGGGGGGCACGGCCUCGGGGCAGCCCCGUACGCGGCGGGCAGCCGGCGGCGAGCGGAGGCCUAUGGGACUGCGUGCGUGAUGAGGAGCGACGCUUCCAAUCGAGGGACGACGUGAUUGCCUUAACGAUGAUACCAAUGGACACCCCCCGCCCUGAACCGCGGUGGACUGGCACGAAGGUGCUACCCGGGGUCUCCGUGCCUUCCCCGGCCCUGUCUGCGAGUCAGUGUGUCCCGCUCGGCCUGCAGCCCCCAGCCAAAGGUGCACCACCGCCUUUCGAAGGAAGGGGGAACGACGCGUUUGGCUCUGAUUUCAGGGCCAGGGAUCUUCCAGCAGUGCCUCCGAACUGCUCUUGGUGGGGGGUGUGCAGGGAAACAAGCCCUGAUUGUGUUUAGAUGCUGGGGGCGCAGGUGCUCGGGUGCUCUCAGGCAUUGCAUUUAAAUAUGCAAAGGCAGGAGUGCAUUGUUUUCUGCUCUUAGUGCUAAGCAGGUGAUUCAAGAGGUUAGUCUCCUAUAGCUCUGUUGCAGCGAGAGGCCGGUUAUUGUCUAACAACUCACACCUUCUACACAGAGAAUGCACCGUUUCUUUUAGUUGGUGAUAACUGGCAUAACGAAGUGUGAUGAAGAAAUGCGGAAGAUGAGACCAGCCCUUGAGAGCAUGGGCCGCAUGGUACUCUAAGCACAGUGAUGGGCUUUGGAACCACUGAAAGUAUUCUUUAGUGUUUACUGUGUACCAGGCUCCUGGGGCAAGGUGCAGAGCUCCUGAGACCUCUUGUUGGCAUGCUUUGCCUUGGGCAGCCCCAUCCCUGCAGCUUCAGGAGCUUCGGACAGAGUAAACCGUCCACCAGACUUGCACUGGUGUUGUGCCUUACAGAGCAAACUCAGCUAAAAAUACUUAGCAAUUACACAUUUCUUGACAGUAGAUCAUGUAGCUGCAACUGCCUUAUUUAUUUUUAAAUGAAUUUGCAAUAUACUUGAUAUCAUUGAAACAGUUUUAGCCUUUUUUUUUUUUUUUU